AUGGCACCUUCUAGGGGGAGGACGGCGAUUGCCUCAGCUGCAGACGAGGGCGACACUGCCGUUCAACAACAGUCCGAUUCGGCCCUUAUUUCCGCCAAACGAAACCUGAACUACCUCUUCUCGCCCACCGCAGCUGAAAAGCCUGCUCGAUUUCGAACACGCGCACUGCUCCGCACAGUUCGAUACGUGGGACAAUUCAUCAUCUGGCGGCUGGUACGCUGGGCAAAAUAUGCUGCGGUGGGAGCUUUGGUGGCGGCGGUGGGAGCCACUGCGUUUGGAGGCAUGAUAUCGGGAGUAGCUUGGCUGGCUGCUCCCCCGACGAUAGGAGCGAGCAUCAUUGCAGCGAGUAUUUGGGGAGUGGGCAGAUUUGCAGCCAGGAGGCUACAUAAGAGAUGGAAGAACAGCGGGGGCGAUGUGGCAGAGGAAGUUAGGGAGCGGGCGGGGGAUCAAGCGGGAGAGAUCAGGAGAGAGGGUUCGUAUGGGUUGGAUGUUGGACCGAGAGCUGUUCCAUGGUGA